CAACUAUUCUUGGAUUCCGUUCCAAAAUCUUAUGUAACAAUUGUCGUUUAUCUCCCAUUGCUUCUGGUUCACGUUCUUUAUUCAAGUUGAUUUCAAGCGAUUUCAGAGAGACUUCAUCCGCAAGACGCUAA